AUGGCAAUACCCAAGACGAUCAAGGACAUCCAAAGCCUUACCGGGCGUGUCGCAGCCCUAACCAGAUUCAUCUCCAAGGCCACUGAUCGCUGCGCCCCCUUCUUCAAGGCACUUAAGGGUAGCAAGCGGAGUAUUACCUGGACUGCUGAGUGCGACAAGGCUUUCAACGAGCUAAAGGAGUAUAUGAGCCGGGCCCCCUUAUUGUCAACACCUGAGCCUGGAGACACCCUCAUGAUCUAUCUCUCCAUCUCGGCUACAGCGGACGCCAAGGUUUGGUACCCGGACAUCGAGAAACUGGCAUUCGCCCUGGUGGUUUCGGCUCAGCGCCUCAGGCCAUACUUUCAGGCUCAUACUAUUCAUGUCUUAACCAAUCAACCACUCCGGCAAGUGUUUCAGAAGCUGGAGACUUCUGGGAGGCUAGUCAAGUGGGCCAUUGAACUUGGCGAAUUUGAUAUCCAUUACAAACUCCGCCCAACCACAAAAGGCCAAGCAGUGGUUGACUUUAUAUCUGAAUUCACCGAACCCCAUGCCGAUGCCCUAGCUAGACUAGAAUCAGCCAUAGAGCAGGCGCGGAUUCAGCUUACCCUACCUCCGGUGCCUGACCCCAGAGGAAGGUCACUAUGUCCUCCGGGAAAUCCACGAAGGCCUUUGUGUGGGGACUUGACCUUUGGACCUAUGCCCGAGGGCAAGGGCCAGGUCAAGUACGUAGUCGUGGCUGUCAACUACUUCACUAAGUGGGCUGAAGCUGAGGCCCUAGCCACCAUCACUGCGGCUCGCAUUGAGACGUUCGUCUGGCAGAAUAUCGUGUGCCGCUUCGGCAUCCCCAACGCCAUUGUCACGGACAACGGCCGGCAAUUUGACAACGCAAAAUUUAGGCAGUUUUGUUCCAACCUCAAGAUUAAACUUUGCUUCGCUUCCCCAGCCCAUCCUUAG